CUUCACCACUCAAAAAGCAAUAGACCAUGGUCCAGAACAUUAUGUACCAAGGGUAGCCGUUUCGGUGGCUUGAACCUGACCAGCUACAUUAACAUACCACGGUCUAGAAUCAAUUCCAGAGAUGCAGAGUUGUUUUGGUGGCUUGGACGUCUGAGCCACACAAUCAUCCAUGACGCGACAGCUUUCCGGAUGACCAAACAUUCGUGCUGCGGUUUCGUACAUAAGAAUGCAACAGGCGAGAGAAUUUCCACAACCGUACACCCUAACCUAGAAGCCGACUGUCGUUGAGCAUAACCAAGAGAGCAAAGCUGACCUGGUGCUCCUCAAACAAUGUCCACCGGCGCAACCAAGCCCACCUUCGCGCUCAUCGACCGCCUCCCCGCCUCUCACCACGCCUCAGUCUUCCUUGGCCGCAUCGUCGGGGAUAUCUUCCAUCCCUUACAUGAUUACUGCCCCGAGGACCCACGCACAGCCUUACAGCACCUACCCGUCGAGGUGGCCGAUACCUCCGUGUCCACUAUCCUCGCUGCAUCGCACUCGACGGCGGUUCGGGCAGUACUCGAUAGGAUCUUUAGGCUGACGAAUAGCAAGAGCAGUAGUACCGGGAAGCAGAUUGUAUCGGAUAGGGUAAUAACUUAUACCUUGCCGCAGCACCGGAAGUCAUUCGCCGCGAUAGUAGGUGCACACCAUGGCAAGAUACUGGAGUUGCUGGAGAACAAUGGCGGGAAAGGGUACAUGGUCGUGGGGUUGAAGACUUGCCAGGAUGCCGAGAUCGAAGUUACGCGUGACCAGGAUAGAAAGUCUGACGUCGAGAUGUCGGUGCCGGCGGGUCAGAUAGCGAGUAUCGCGUCGCAGGGCGCUGUCAAUCCGGCGUCAGUGCCAAACCCGACCGUUGGGAGGUCCAGUGAAGUGAGCGCCAAUUGGGGAACAAAAUUUACGGCCAAGGGAGAGCAGAUAUUUGCGUUGCAGUAUCGGAAAAUUACCUUGAAGAAGCAUUUCUUUUCCAAGAAGCCGUCAACAGCCGGGUUAGGGCAGAUAAAAAUAUUAGACUGGGGUGAGGGCGUUUAUGGUGAAAGUGACGAGGGAAGAGAGGUGGUGUAUAGCGAUGACGAGGACGAGGACGAGGACGAGGACCAGGAUGAAGAUGAGGAUGUGAUUUUGGAUGAGCUUAUGUCUAGUGCAAGCUCAGGGGGUGACAAGGGCGAUUUAUGGUUACCAAGCUAGCGCACCUCAAGAUGAGGGUGGAUUUCAAAUCCCUGUAAAUAGACCGACCCUGUGGAAGCUUAUGCAUGAGUAGCGACAAUGUUUGUGAGUCUUGUCAACUUCUGAUCUUACGGCCAUAAUGCCUAUGUGCUCUGGGUUACCAGGGUAAGUGAAGUUGCGAGUGGCAGCCAGGGGCUAAGGAACGAUGGCUUGACGCCAUGGCGUUUUAUAUGUCGAUCGCCCUAAGCCGUGAGUCCGACCUCCGAG